AUGUCGGUGAACAAUGGUUCCUCUUAUCGCAAAAAAGGGAACCAUAUUUGGAGCUUUCCUCAAUACCAGAGCUUGUCAGAAGUUUAUGGAUGUCCCUUUGUGCACAAGAGCUACAUGUCAGAUUAUUUCAGUCGUUCCUCAGGGCUCUUCCACCAUGAUUUGAUAGGCCACUAUGGCUGUGUUAAUGCAAUAGAAUUCUCCAACAAUGGCGGUGAAUUCAUUGUCUCCGGUAGGUACCAUACAGAGAGUUACUCUGGAUUUUGUUAUUAACUUCUAAUUGUAACUUUUUUAUUGUUAAGACUAAUAAAUGUAAUUACAUGGCGUAGUUACUGUAUCUUCUCUUAUGACAGAGGAAAAAAUAGUAAAUUUUUGAGGUCAGUGUACAAUUGAGCCAAAAUUCAUGUCAGGUGCAUAGGAAAGCCACUAAUUCACAGUCUGUAAGUGCAUAAACUUGUGUCCAAACAUGGAAUGAUUUUCAAAUAGACAAACAUUUAUUUGAAGUUAUAUUUGCUAGGCGCUGAUGGUGAUAAAGCUAUUGGUUUCAAAUACCUUUAUCCUGAACAGACAAAGUCCUAUAAAUGCCACUAUAAACACUAUAUCAUGACAGUUCUCUUGUUUAACAUGGCUGUCAAUGAAAUCAUCCGAGACCAAGCUAAGAUGAGUUGAAACUCCUUGUUUGUAAUAAAGUGAAAGUGUUUUUCAUUCUGUUCUCUUUGAUAAUUCAAGGUGGUGAUGAUCGUCGUGUUGUUGUCUGGAAUGUGGAAAAAUGUGUCUAUGGUAGCGGUUCUCCAGUGGUUAUGAAGGGAGAGCACAGGUCCAAUAUAUUCUGCACAGUAUUUGAUAAUGACAACACACACAUCUAUUCUGCAGGUACUAGAAGUACAAUGUUUUAUCAACUGAAGAUUUGACUAGGCAUUUUAUUACAAUAUAUUAUAUGAUGGUGUAGCACUCUUCAGAGAAAAUAGCCAAAUGGCAGAUUAUAACAGUAUGCUGAUUAUAACUGAAAUUUAAAAUGUGGUUACUAUGGAUGCAACGCUGUUUCUAUGGGUUCUAUUAUGUAAAAGAAGAAGACUUGAAAGUACGUCGAAUUUCGUAGUCAUUAUAUUCUCCACUGGCUUCAAUUUCACUGCACAGCCUAGGUUUUUCAUAAACUAGCCUCUUAGACAAUAGUGUGUUACACAAUAGUCAAUUAAAACCAUUAACAAAGUUGGCAGUUUAGGUAUGCUCUAUUAAUUUGAAAAAAGAUAAAUACUGAAAUAAAUCAGUUUUUCUUUUGAAAGUGUUCCCCUAGCAAUGGCUUCAAAAAGAAAGUAAGGCUAGAACUGUAUAACGCUCUGCUUUUUUCCCCUCUGCUACAAGGUAAUGACAAUCAAGCUCUCAGGCAUGAUUUUUUAACGUAAGUUGGAAAUGUUGUUGUUGUUAUUGUUGUAGAAUUGGCAGAAAUUAUGUAUAAUUUUAUUAUGUGUUUUCUGGAUGUACAUUUAUUUCAACUCUAAAUGCACAGUGUUGCACAGAAACUAAGACCUAUGACCCGUCUUAGUUUUCGAGGUUACGAAAACCAAGACCCAAAUCUGUCAAAAUAUGAAGUCAAAUUGUAACUGAAAUAGGUCUAAUCUGUCAAAUUAUCUUCUGUCCGAUUCUUUCCACCGAGUUUAGGUUAAAUUUAAUGGUAAAUUUAGGGCUCUUAGUUUUCGUAAUUUCGAAAACAAAGACCGCUCUUAGUUUCGUCAUUACGAAAACUAAGACCCCCUACAAAACAAAUCAGUAAAAUAUGUAUGAAGUCGAAUUACGACCGUUCAAAGACUGUAAUCCGUAAAACAACCAAAAACUAUCAUCUGCGUGCUGACGAUCCACUUCUUCUAAAGAUUAAUUUGGACACAUAUCAGUACUGAGGCUUUAAAAAGAGGAUGAAAAGCCACAGACUACCUACACUGGUGUAUAAUUGUACACUGAAAAUAUGCCUUACCCCACCAAUUGUUCAGACUAUAAUUUUGGUUGUUUAUCCUUAAAAAUCGUAAAAUUGGCUUUCCACGUGAUGGAGAUGGAUUUUUGCCUUCGUGUCUCUGCAACUGUGAUUGCAUUACCUAAAAAUCAUUCAAGGGAUGCUUUUUUUUUAUUGUUUUGACUAGCCAGGAAAGAAAAAAAACAUAUUUUUGUGUGAUGUUUAACCGAUAACGCCAUUGACCAUUUGACGAUCGGAAGUGAUUAAGAUAUAUUCAGGUAACGCCAUCAGGUUGUAGCAACAUGUCAGUUGGCAACAAAGGCAAAAUCCAUCGCCAGUGGAAUGCUGAUUUUACGAUUUUUAAGGAUAAACAACUAAAAUUAUAUACCAGUCGGCGGGGUAAGGCAUAUUUUCAGUGUACAAUAUUAUAUUAUUAUAUUAUAUUAUAUUACAAUAUUAUUAUACACAGGUAAUGGCUUUCAUUCUCUUUUUUCUGCAAAUUUUAGGAAGAAGCAGAUCGUCAGCGCACGGAUGAUAGUUGUUGGUUUUGUUACGGAUUAUAGUCUUUGAAUGGUCGUAAUUCAUAGCCAUAUAUAUUUUAUGGAUUGGUUUUGUGGGGGUCUUAGUUUUCGUAAUAAUGAAAACUAAGAGGGGUCUUUGUUUUCGAAAUUACAAAAACUAAGACCCCUAAAUUUACCGUUAAAUUUGACCUAAAAUUCGGUGGAAAGAAUCAGACAAAAGAUAAUUUGACAGAUUAGACCUAUUUCAGUUACAAUAAUUUAUUUGGCUUCACAUUUCGACAGAUUCAAUUUUAGGGGGUCUUAGUUUUUGUAAUCUCGAAAACUAAGACAGGUCUUAGGUCUUAGGUCUUUGUUUUCAAAGGUCUUAGUUUUCAUAACACCUGUGUUGUACACUAAAGGAUCUGAGUGGCAUAAAUCUUACCAUCAGACAUAGAGUAGUAACUGAAAUCUUUUGUUCACCCCAGUCAAACUCAAGUCACAUCUGAUAUUAGUUUCAUGCAGCUGUCCCCUGAGCCUGAUAUAGAUGGACUGCAUAGUCACUGACAGACUUUCAAGCUGCCCAAUUGGUACUCUUCUUGCUCACAUACACUAUAUUGAUUGACUGUUCAAUUACAAUAAUACCCCAGCCCUGGGGCACCCAAACUAUGGAACAAUCUACCUGCAGUUUUCUGUAACACCACAAAUCCAGUUUUUACUUUUAAAUUUCAAAUUGUUCAGUGAAUGUUCAUUUUAACCCUUUCACUUCAAAUAGCAGCCAAGUAAAAAAUUCACAAUUCAGAUAGUAAGUGUAAAAUAUUUCCAAAGAGGUUUUAUCUCAAUGGUGACACUACAGGAUCAUUCCAUCCACAGAUUUAGAAGUUUAACUGAUAAAUAAUCCUGCCACAAUUUGGUCUAUCAGCAAAAGGAUUAAAGAUAUGUUCUUUGUUUAGCUUGAAUUUUUUUUGUAUCUUUUGUUGUGUAGUGGUCAAGUUGUUAGCAUGUACUAUCAUGAUGAUCCAGUGUAUGGACUUCAUGUUCAUCCAGAGAACAGUAAUGUGUUUUUAACAGCUUCUGAUGAUGGAAAAGUAUUGCUCUGGGAUAUUAGGACCUCUUGUCUUAAUGGUAUGCUUAUAUUAUCUUUUAUUAUUUACUUAUUCAGUAAAAAAGAUUUCAUUUCUCUGCCUCUUUAAUCGGCUUAGAUCCCCCACCUAUUUUUUCAUAACCUUAAAGAUGAGUCAAAAAUUAUUGUUUGUGGUUUGUAAAGGGAACAGUAGAAGGUGCAGUAGAUCAGUUGUUUUGUAGAGGUGGAGAAAAUGGUGGAAAAUUUCAGGCUUUGCAAAGAAGAAGUAGAAAAAUCAUAGGAAGAACAGCAAAAAUACCAUUCAACAGAUGACACUACUAUUUGCAGAACAUCUGCUAUCUAGACGUAACUGAACAUUCAUUUAUAUCUGGAACUUGCUGGGUUAGUGAAGAUGGAAACUGCGUUGUUUGAAGUAAACAUGUUUUAAAGUUAGAAAUAUUUUGAAUGAUUAAUAAUUUAUCAAUUUAUCAUUCAGCUUAUGUAUGAUUAUAAAGAAUUACGCAGAUCAAGCCCAAGCAAUAACAAUGCCAAAUAACAAACCUGUGACAACACAUCAACUACUUGCCCAGGUCACCCUCGUCAAUAUUUUAGUUCUUACUAUAUUGUCAGUGGUAAGGUAGUUGUUGCUCAUAAGUUUCAAACAUGAGCAAAUACCUCCAUCAAGUUAAUCAGAUGCUUUGUUUUGUGCAUUUUAGGUUCAUCAAGCUGUAUUGCUCAGUAUGAAUCAGCCUUCCAUGCUGCUGUUUUUAAUCCAGUUGACUGCAACUUAAUUGCCACUGCCAACUCAAGAAAGGGGGUCCAGUUAUGGGAUAUCAGGGCCCCAAUAAGGUACACGUCUACAACACUGUGCACCACAGGUUGAUCCUUUUUUGGGGAUGGCAAAAUAUUUUGAAGAAUAAUGUUAUUGUAUUUAGCAAUUAUUGAAUGAGGCUGAGUAGGAUAUGAAGAAUUAUGCAGAUCAGGGAGUGCUGAGGUGGAUAACACCCUCCGAGACCUGUGUAAUUCUUCAUAUCCUACAAAAGCUGAAUUCAAUAAUUACGUUAUUAUUCAUUCAAAAUAAUUCCAAGUUUAAAAACAAGCUAAAACAUGCUUACCUCUGUCGAUGUUAAGUUCAUAUCAAUAGUGCAUCUUUAUCAGGAAGUUUAGGACAUAAAGGGCUGUUCAGGUCUGCAAAUAUACUCGAAAUAUCAGAUAUCCUCCAUCGAGUUGUCUUUCUGCUGUUCUUGCUAUGUUUUUAGACAACAGUUCGCCGUGAAACAAGUAAAAUGUUCCGCCGCCAUUACUCACUUCUAAAACAACUCAAGCUCGUCCUCUGAGGUCUUCUUGGUUAAUGGUUCAUUAACCUUCAACUUUGCUGCACUUUUGAUGUCAUUGGUUCAAUAUGGCAAAAUUUUUCCAAAUUUGGUCAACAGUAGCUGCUUAUGAUAAAUUAUGCAUGUGAUUUUAGCCAGACGGAAACGGAGAAAUAUUUGGAAUGGAUAAUAAUAACAAUUAUUGGAUGAGGCUGAGUAUCAUCUGAAAAUUUUGGAGAUCGAGGAGGGUGUUAUCGGCCAAGGUGGAUAACACCCUCGGAGAUCUCCAUAAUUCUUCGUAUGAUACAAAAGCCGAAUUCAAUGAUUGAUUUAUCAUUCAUUCAAAAUAAUUCCUAGUUUAAUAACAAGCUAAAACAUGCUUACCUCCAUCAAUGUUAAGUUCACCUUCGAUAGUGCAUGUUGUUCCUCGAGUUUAGGAGAAAAAGGAUUGUUCAGCACCGCUAAUAUUCUCCAUAUAGCAGAUCUCGUCCAUUGAGUUGUCUUCUCGCAGUUCUUUCUAUGUCAUUAGUCAGUAGUUGGCCUAUCUUCCUCAUGAAACGAGGGAAAUGUUCUGCCAUUUUGUACCCACUACCAAACAACUCAACCUCGUCCACAGGUCUUCUGGCCAAAGUAAUUUUAGUUAACCAUACAAAAGCGUGUCUCCCUUUAUGCUUGUAUGGCACUUGCGUAAAUGUUGAAGUUUAGUAGUAAUAAGAAAAAAGGAACCAAAAAAAAGUGCGACGUGCUCUUUAAGUUUUAACUCUACAGUUUCAUGGUGUUGUUGUUUCCACAGUUGUUUGAGGCAAUUUAGUUCAGGAGUAACUCAGAUGUGUGCUAUGGGGCUGAAGUGGAAUACUACUGGUGACAUGAUCACAGCUCUUCGUCGUCGCCUUCCACCUGUCCUAUAUCAUAUCAAACACUCUGCAGCAAUAGCUGAGUUUCAUCAUCCUGGUUACAGUAAUGUAUGCACUAUGAAAAGCAACUGUUUUGCAGGAAGCAAAGAUCAAGUAAGUUAGACCGGCUUUGUGACAGCCUAACUGGUUCUUUCAACGUACAAUGCAUUCAAAUUCAGCCUAUAGACUUCAUAAUGAAGUUACGUUAGAUUAAACGUCUCAAUCUUUUUGCAGUAGUUUCUUCCAUGGAAAGUUGAUCCGAGUCUGUUUUUCUGAACUGAUUUUGAUAUUAGCGUUCGUAUUGUGACUGAAUACUAUAAGGAAAUUUGACACAAUUUCGAGAAGUAAAGAUUACACCAACUAAUAAAGGUCGACUGACUUUUGUUCCAUCAGCAAAUUAAACCGUACACCGUACACGUACAUCCAAACUCUAUUCCCGUUUUAAAACUAAACAGGAUUUUCUCUCCAAUCUUUGUCUAUAGUUUUGUGAUUUUUUUUCCGCAGUAUAUUGUGUCUGGCUCAGAUGACUUCAAUGUGUAUAUAUGGGAAGUGCCAGACGAAUGGGCUGAUCAAGAUAAACUUAUUACUGUAGGCAGAGCAUUCUUGGUGCUCCGUGGCCAUCGUUCCAUUGUCAAUCAAGUGCGCUUUAAUUCUGCUUCUCACAUGCUUAUAUCAGCAGGCGUGGAGAAAGUGUUGAAGGUUGGUCGUCAAUAAUUGGGAUUUUUAUAUAAGAAACUAGGCAAUUACGUUUCUCCUCCUCUAAUUUCGCGCCAGGAUUUGCUCAAUCGGUUGAGCGUUUGACUGCAUGGCGAGAAAUCGUGGAUUCGAUUCCCGGGACCGGACCAAAACUCAGGGUCUUUAUAAAAUAACUAAGAAAUGAAGGUACUAUCUUUGCCCUGCAAACUGGUAGACGUUCACGUGGUUCAGAUGACUACGUAAAAUGGCGGCGGGCCCGUCAAAAUAGUGUCCACAGUUCGUACUUUCAUGCUAAAUCGAUUGGCACUGAACAUAACGCCGAUAUUCUGUUACGUUUUGUUUUAAUGUAGGUAUGGAGCCCAUUCCCGAUCCCAGGCGGCCAUAGUAGCGUGGAUGGUUGCCAAGGAACCGCUCGUGACCUGUAUUCUCACAGUGAUUACCUGGGCUUUAUCCGAUAUGGUGGACUACCACUAUCACAUGAUGAGUACAAUAACAGAUCAACUGAAGAGGAUCCUCGAAUGUUAGCUUUCUUUGACUCGCUUAUCCAGCGCGAGAAAGACAAUCUUGAUUCAGAUUCCGAUGAUAGUAUCUGGGAUGACUUUCAUCUUAGUUUUAUUCUUCAAGCUGGUAGCAGUGAUUCUAGCGACAGUGAUACCGUGGAAACCAAUGUAAGCCGCCUUAUCGCCAGGCAAAUUCUUCAUCGUUCGGGACUAGGGUCUCCAGACAGAGAAGCAGCUGCAAACAGCUCAGUACUUCGAAGACUUAGGCAUCUGAGAGAUACUGCUGUGAUUAGAGAUCUGCUGAAUGCAGAUUCCAGCAGCAGUGAUGAGGAGACCGCAGACAGGAACCUGACUAACACUGCAGCUAUGAAUGAAUCCGUAUCCAGAGACUUGGGCGAUAAUAGCCAAGGUAGUUCACACACCGAACCGGUUGUGUUUAAUAAACGUGGUCGCCGUACAAAUAGACGCUAUCGCAUUCAUAAUAGAGUAAGGAGUGAAAAUAACACUAGCAGCUGCAGACAAGAGAUACAUGAUUCCUCGUCAAGUGACAGCGAAGACAGGGUCACUUUGCGAAGGAUAAAAGCAAAGAAAGAGGAAGAAAGCAGCGGUAGUGAUACAGAGGGUUCUAAACAAAACGAGAAUAGCGGCGACAGUGAUGCAACUACGGAGGGUGAAAAAGAGACAAUGACCAGAGAGAUAAAUGGACAGAGUUCCGCUGAUACAUGUGAAAGUGUAUGUAGAACAAAUGAAUCAAACAAACAGACAAUAGCCGAAAGAGUAAAUGGAAACACGCAAAUGACAUUUAACCACAAAGAUGAAAUCUGUGCGUCUGUUACAUCAGAUGCUUCAAGUUCUUGUGAAAGGAACCAUCUUAUUACGAGCCAAGUUAAAGGUAAUGACUGUAAUUCAGUCAAAGAUGAAGAAAGACGGAAUUUUUCGGAUGAUAAUGAGUAA